AUGGCUAUACCAACCAGUCUUUCAAAAAUAACAGAUCAGAAGCCAAUUUGGAUCCGAGGCAAUACUAGGGAAAGGUUACGACAACUGGGCCCCAAUUCUCUUCGGUCGGUCGGCGUGUCCGGAUACGUCUCACCUCAGAAUCUGGAGCCUGCAGCUGAGAUCAUCAUGAGAAUCAUCGUACUUGCUUACGAGAAAGCCCGCCUCAUACGCGCGUACGUUUGGAAUAACCAUCUCUUUGUGAUGGGUUUCUUAUCCUAUCUGGCCUUCAGUGUGUGGACAAGUGUCACAUUCGGCGAUUUGUUUCCCAUGUCAGAGAACCGACUCCACUCAUGGAAGCAUGAGAUAGAAGCUAAAGGAGGUUCGGAGAUCAAGAGUCAUAUGAUAUAG